AAAAAUAGGAGUCUCUUUUUUACAUUUAGCAUGCAUUUAAACAAAAACAACCUAUAUGCUUUGAAUAUGUAAACUGUCCAGGGCUUUAUAACAGCCCAUUUAGAGCCAGCUCCAUUGGAGUUCAGAUUUCAACAUUUUAAAAUCAUUCAACAGCUGGAUUUCAAACGUUGAGAACGGCACCUUUACCACAAUAAUCCAUCCACCUGCCAGUCAAAUCAGAGAUGGGUUGUUAUGUGACAUGGACCCUGCUCCUUUUUGGAUGGAGCCUCAGCUCCUGCUCUCAGUUUCACCCACGUCAGUACUUCUACAUAAACAAGCCCAUGACCUGGUACCAGGCUCAGAACUACUGCAGACAGCAUUACACAGACCUGGCAACUUUUGAAAGCCAUGAUGAUAUAAGCAUGCUAGAACCUACGUUUUCCUAUUCUUCGGCAUGGAUCGGACUGUUUGAUGACCCCAAAUCCUGGAAGGAAAAACUUGGAAAUGACCACAACUCCUGGAGAUGGUCAGAGACUGGUCAAACAGGCAAAACUACUUUUCAGGCUUGGGCUAGCAGAGAGCCCAGUUUUUGGAACGCACAAGAAGCCUGUGUAAUCAUGAAUACUAAUGGAAAUUGGGUAGACACUAACUGCACUAAAACUUUGACUUUUGUUUGUUACACAGUCACACACCAAGGAGAGAAAGUCUAUCAUCUAAUCCCGACUAGGAAAUCAUGGAAUUCUGCUCAGCAAUACUGCAGAGAAAACUACAUAGACCUUGCUAUGAUUGACAAUGCUAAUGAAAACGCGAAGGUCUUAUCAAAAAUUGGUGGUCAGACAUCUUGGAUCGGUCUGUACCGAGUGCCAUGGACAUGGUCUGACAGGUCUCCCAGUUCCUUCAAGAACUGGAAUGACAGUGAACCAACUAACUCCACCUCCAAAAAACACUGUGUGGCCGAACUGUGGCAUCAUAAGUGGCAGUCCAUACGCUGUCCCAGUCUGUUGCCUUUCAUUUGUCAGCAAGUCAUGACACUGAAGACCACGGUGGGGAUGCAGAUUAUGACUGAUGCUAAUCUUACAGAUCCAGCUGUUAUUGAACAGUUUCUCCAGCAGAUCCAUGUAAGGCUAACAAACCAGGGAUGGACAGACUUCAAGCUUCAGUGGAGGAAUCUGCCCUCAAACCAAACCAAAAAAAACAAAAAAAAGAGUGGACGAUCUUUAUUCGAUCUCCAAAGCAGUCGGGAACAUAUUUAACCUCUUCCCAAUGAUUUUGCUGUGUUGUUUAUUGAGUUGUUAAGCUAAUAGAAGAUGAUAACAGAGAAAAAUGUUGUUAGUAUGACAACAUUAUUCUUGUUAUGGUGUUAUGUUUCUUGAGUAUCUUCAGUCACUUGUGUCCUCAGACUUAAUAAAGCAAAUGUAUCAUCUCCAACAUAAUGGCAUUUAAUUGCUGAAUAACUGC